AAGUACUAGUGCGUAUUUUGUUACAUUUGCAUUUUAUACAAGAUGUUUCAUUCCUACGGAUUGUAAUACUUUUCAACCCACUAAUACUGGUACAGUAAGCGCAUGUUUACCUUAUCAAUGUAUUGAAGAAAUGGAAUGGAAUUGCUAUACCCCGCCGAAACCAAGUUGUAAAUGGUUAAAUAACUUUUGUGAAUUACGUCGCCAAUGGAGUAAUCAUGCUCGCCGGCAAAAAUGUAAAUGUUGCAACUGUAAACAACGAAAUUACAGACAUUGAUGAAACCAUGGCUUACACAAAAAUAUCUAAAGUUAAAGAAGAUGAUGUUCUUGAAUGUUUUCUUUAUCCAAAAAUUUGCUACACAAAGCCUUUAAUAACCAUAACAGAGGAAAUUCUUAUACAAGAAAUUAUAAAAUUCAAUGAAGAAAUUGCAUCAUACAUUGAAAAUUAUAUUUGGCAUAAUGAUAAUUUGAUUUUUCGUCCUAGAACAAAACAAGCAUUAUUAUUAGAAAAACUUGUUGAAAAUUCUACAAUUAUAGAAGAAUGUAAUAUAUUACCUCACAUUUAUGUACGCUUAUGUUUUGAUGAAGAUAUAACCGAUGAAUGGUUUACAGUUUUUUUAAUAUCUAAACUUACACAAACUUUUGAUGGGCUGAUCGCUAGAAUUAUAGACUCUGAUGGUGAAUUUCUUUUAAUAGAAGCUGCAAAUGUUUUACCUCCAUGGGCUAAUCCUGAAACGUGUGAAAAUCGUGUAUUUAUGUAUAAUGGUGAAUUACAUAUUGUUCGCGAUAAACAUAAAACGUUAUUGGAUUCAUUAAAUAAUAUUUGGGAGGAACCUUAUCUAUACAGGGCCCCUGAGAAAGUACAAGAUGUAUUAAGAAAGCGAAUUAAUACUUAUCCUGGUGAAAUUAAAAAGAGAAAUCAUAAGGCUCGAGUUUUUUUAUCAGAAAAAGCAAUUUCAAUACUUCAACAAGAACCAAGAUUAGUUGCAUUAGCUAUUCGAACUAUAUGUCAUUCUGAUCCAUUUGAAAGAAAAGUUUGUCGUGCCAUGAGAUAUUUCCCUCCUGAACAACGUAUUAUGGUUAAUAUACGAAUGACUAAAUGUUUGUAUGCAAUGGCAAAUCAUUGUCGAUAUACAGGUGAUCCAAGAACAGGCUGGAAUAUACCACCAAUAACUUGUUCAAAGUACAAAUCUCAUAUACUUGGAAUUAAAAUAGCAUGUGGCUUAGAAAUGUUAGUUGCUCGUGCAAUUGAAGAACGUAGAAAAAGAGAAAAAACAUCGGUUAAUGAUUCUGACAAAUUAAAAGCAAAUGAUGAUGUUUUAAAUGCAUAUUUAAAUCGUUUAGAAAUUAGUGGUUACUUUAGAAAUUUGUUAAAAGGCAGCGAAGAAUAUGAAAAGCUCGUGAAUGCGGCUAAAGAUUAUUAUUUGAAGUAUUUUAACUUAUAUAAUUCUAAUAUCAAAAAUAAUAAAAGCGACGCUGAAAAAGUUUUAGAAGCAUGGGAAAACAUACAGACUAAUGAUAUUGAAUUGCAUGUUCAAGAUGAAGUUGCAUUAAGUCCUGCAGAUAGUGAUAGUUGGUUAAAUGUAGAUCCAGUACAGUUAGAAACAUUUUUAAACGAAAAAUGGGGAAAUGUUAAAAGCAAGAAAUAUGAACAAGAAUCAUUAAGUGUUAAAGAAAAAGUACAGAUGUUCUUAAAUCAAAAUAGUGAUAUUGAUGGUGUACAAUUUUUAGAAGAUUUUUCAGUUGAAACUGAUAUAAUACACGACUCGGAAGAUAAUGGAAAAAUUGAAUUCGAUGCGGAUAUAUUUGACAGUACAUUGCGAGGUAUAUUAGAUUUAGUUGUUCCUGGAAAUGAAGGAGAAUUUGAAGGAAGUUCAGAAGGAUCUUUAGGUGAAGACAAUGAAGAUAAAAGGAAUGAAAUGGAUAAAUAUAUGAGACUGUUAGAUUCUCAAUUGCAAUCUGAAAUAGAAAAAGAUGAAAAUUCCGAGAUAAAUAAAAAUUCUGAUGUCGUAGAAGAUAAUUUGAUAAAAAGUAUUGCAGAGGAAGCAGGUGGUUCGGGUCCAACUGGAAAUAUAAUAGGUGAAUCUGCUCGACGACUUCUGCAUUUACAAUUACAAUCGCCCACUACAGUACCUCCUGAUUUACAAAGUUAAUAUUUUUAUUUAUAUAAUAAUAUAUAUCGAAAAAUAUGUUAAUGAUUGUUAAUAGAUUGAAAUUCUCAUUAAUUAUUUUAUACGAAGUAUACAUAUUUAUUAUUUGGAAAAAUGAGAGAAAGAAUUAAAAUCAAUAGUAUCUUUAAAUAUAGAUUGAAAAAAAAAAAAAAAGAAAAAAAGGAGAGUAAAUUUAUAUAUAUAAAACUCAUAAUUUAAAUAAUUUUUUUUUUAUAAAAUAACAUUUGUAUACUAAUUUUGAUUUCAUUUAUAUUUCAGUCUUUUAUUAUACAAAAGUUUAUUCAAUUACAAUAUUAAAUGAAAUACAUGAAUAUAUAUGCCUACUUGUGUAUAUAUGUAUGUACAUAUUAAAAUAUUAUUAUAUUUUACUCUGAAAUAUUACAAGAAUUUGUUAGUAAUAACAAAAAUUAAUUAUUUCAGUGAUGAAUUUAACCACUUUGGAAUUUUAUUUUUUUUUUCAUUUAAUAAUUCAUUAUUAGUAGUAGAUGUAUUAAAUGCUGAUCUACUAUUUGUAACAUUAUUUAUAUUCACAUCUUCAUUUAUUGUUUUAGUUUCUUGAUUUAUCAUUAAUUUUCUAAAAUAGAAUAAUAUAAUAUAUUAAAAAAAAAUUAGUAUUUAUAUUAUAAUAAAUAUAAAUUAUAUCACUUACCUAGUUUUAGCCACUUGCAGUUCAACUUUUUUAGGAUCUGUAAAUUUUUGUUUCACAUCCGAUUUGAGAGUUGAUGAUCCAGAAUAAUGAAUAAUAGCACAGGGAACUAAGUUUUCAUUAAUUAAGUGAGAAUUAGGAUCCAAAAUAUGUUUUGGUGGUGUAGUAACUAUUUAAUAAGAAAAAUAUGUAUUUUUAAUUAUAAUAAACGCGUAUAAUCAGCAUAA